AUGGAGUGCAUAAAACAUAUUAUAAAGAGCAUGGUCUCUGUGACGGUUUGGGCGUACAUCAAGGGCUACUGUAAACGCAAUGGGUUGCUGACGCUCUCGGUCAUCGCCGUGGUUUCUGGCUGUGUGCUUGGAUUCUCCCUCCGCAGCUUCAACCUCUCCACGCAGGCUAAGAUCUACUUCUCGUUCCCUGGAGAACUGCUGAUGAGAAUGUUGAAGAUGCUGAUCCUGCCUCUCAUCACGUCCAGUCUGAUGUCGGGGCUGUCAGCCAUGGACACUAAGGCCAGCGGGCGGCUGGGGGUGCUAACCAUCACUUACUACCUGUGGACCACCUUCAUCGCUGUCAUCGUCGGCAUCAUCCUGGUGCUGGUCAUCCACCCUGGUACGGGCACAGAGAAGGACGGGCACAGAGGAGGGUCAGGGCCCGUUAUGACUUCUGCUGACGCUCUGCUGGACCUCAUCAGGAACAUGAUUCCCUCCAAUCUGAUAGAGGCAACUUUUCAACAGUACUACCGUACAGACCUGGUGCCCAUAGUGGCCUCCAGUUUGGUGGAGUCCCAGGCCAACUACGUCUACGUGAUGCCCGACCACAACAACCCUCAGCUGGGCCACCCUGUCUUCCUGGAGAUCACCCCAGCUCCAGACAUCAAGUACAAGAUCGUCCCUGGCCACAGCUCUGGCAUGAACGUACUGGGGAUUGUCAUCUUCUCUGCUACUAUGGGCCUGCUCCUGGGGAAGAUGGGCGAGAGAGGCGCUCCAUUGGUCAAUGUGUGUCAGUGUGUCAACGAGUGUGUUAUGAAGAUCAUCAAUGCUGCCAUGUGGUAUUUCCCUUUCGGCAUUGUGUUCCUGGUAGCAGGGAAGAUCCUGGACAUGCAUGACCCCGCCCACCUGGGAGAGAAGCUGGGGAUGUACUUCAUCACGGUGUUAGCCGGCCUGUUUGUCCACGGACUCAUCCUGCUACCGCUCUUCUACUUUGUAAUCACACGCAAAAACCCCUUCACCUACAUCAGAGGCCUGCUACAGGCUCUGGUAAUCGCCCUGGCAACCUCCUCCAGUUCUGCCACCCUGCCCAUCACCAUGAAGUGUCUGUUGGAGAACUGUGGAGUGGACAGACAGAUCGCCAGGUUUGUCCUUCCAGUGGGAGCCACCAUCAACAUGGACGGGACAGCCCUCUACGAGGCCGUGGCAGCCAUUUUUAUCGCUCAGGUCAACGAGUACGAACUGGACUUUGGUCAGCUGGUCACCAUCAGUAUCACAGCGACAGCGGCCAGUAUCGGUGCUGCUGGGAUUCCGCAGGCGGGCCUGGUUACCAUGGUGAUCGUCUUGACCUCUGUGGGGCUUCCUCCCGCUGACAUCACACUGAUCGUGGCCAUCGACUGGGUCCUGGAUCGUUUCAGGACCAUGAUCAAUGUGUUGGGAGACGCUCUGGCUGCAGGCAUCAUGUGUCACCUCUGUAAGAAGGACUUUGAGAGGAGGGAGUCAAACGCUAACUCUGCCCGGAGGGACACAGUGAUCUCCUUCGGUGGCCAGAGUGUCCAGAGUUGUGCCCUGUCCGAGGCUCCUCUCAUGGACUAUGCCCAUCGUUGUGACUAUGUCUACGAGGUGGAAGGUGACUUUGUCACAGAGAAAUCUGGCCCCACUUACAACCUGUGUCAGGUUUAG